AUGUUCGCUGGUAUUGUCAAUUAUGAAGACCAUUUCUCUUACUUUGAAGAAAUUCAUCAGAAAGUGCUUGAGAAAUGUAAGGUCCAUAUAAAAGACCCUGGUAAUCUUGAUCUCAAGAUUAUUGAUCUUAGUGAGAAGUUAUAUAGUAUCUAUCCUGAUAUCAUCCCUACGAAACUGUUUUCUUAUUAUAAUCAAAUUCAACAAAAAUAUCAAAUCUUCUUGUCACAAACAAAAUUCGACUAUUUUAGUCAAGCUGAAAUCGAAAAUAUUAUUAAUCAUCUUGCAUACGUAUCAGAUAAAGCAUACGAAUAUUUAGAACAAAUUUCAAUUAUCAAUUCUUGGAAAUAUCGAAUUUGUUGUUUUCUCUUGCCUCACACAAACUGGAAUACAUGGCUUCACAACCUAUUGGAAAUGAUGAUAGAUGACAUUUACGGUAUCAUCAAAUCAAGCGCAUGGAACUUUGUUACUGAAGUUCAAAAUCUCGCCAAAUAUCUUCAUACACAAAGCCAAAAUUAUUGUGAUUUAAGGAAAGAUGAAGAUAGUGAACUAUACCAGCUUACUCAAUCACUAGUCUCAAAUAUCUCCCACUUUCAACCUUUAAAAUUAGGGGAUUUCUUCUCGACUGAAAAAGAAUGGGAAAAGUGCCUUGAGUUUGCAUCAUAUGCUGAAAAAUUAAUUAAGGAAGGAAAAACUAAUAUUCCACGUUACCUUUAUGAUCUGAGGAAUCGAUCAGAUGAUUUUGAUCCUUAUUAUAGUGUUCUUUUUUAUUAUUCAUAUAGGAUUUCUACAAUUGAAGAAUUGAACGAAUUAUUAAAAUUAAAUUAA